UCCCCUCACGGGGGACCAGCCCCCCUAACCGGCCCCGGCCGGGGGAGCGGGGACCCCCCCACACCUCGGUGGGGCCCGGCCGGGGCCGCGGGGACCCCUCACCCUCGGCGGGACCCAACCCUUGGGUCAAACCCCCCCCACACCACACCCAUGCCCAUCGGGCCCCGCCGUGGAGGGGCAAGGACCCCCAGACCCUCACCCCUCCUCGAUUUUUGCUGUGGAGGGAUGUGUGUUUUUUGCAGCUACGAUUUUUGCUGUGGAGGGGAGGGUUUGGCUUCAUAAAUUGUCAUAUUAAAAUCGCUGAGCCUGGUUUUGUGGAAGCCUGGUGGAAUUAAGAAAUUGUGAUAGAUUUGGGAAGCCUUGAAAGAAUGACUGUGCAGCCCAGAUCUCAGAAGAGGCAUCUCUAAUGAAAUGUUGAGGCCUCUGAAGAGCGGAUUUGUGACCUGGCUGUAUCCGUCAUGAAUUCACUGUGGUGUGAGCAGUGUAGUCAUUGUUGACUCUCACUACUGCCCCAGCUGCCUGGAAAACAUGCCUUCAGCUGAAGCCAAGCUGAAAAAGAACAGGUGUGCCAACUGCUUUGACUGCCCCUGCUGCAUGCACACCCUUUCCACACGGGCCACGAGCAUCCCUGCGCCGCUGCCCGACGACCCGGCCAAGACCACCAUGAAGAAAGCCUAUUACCUGGCCUGCGGCUUCUGCCGCUGGACCUCCCGGGACGUUGGCAUGGCAGACAAGUCUGUUGCGAGUGGUGGCUGGCAGGAGCCGGAGAAUCCUCAUACACAGAGGAUUAACAAACUGGUUGAGUACUACCAGCAGCUGGCCCAGAAGGAGAAGAUCGAGCGGGACAGGAAGAAGCUGGUGCGACGCCGCAACUACGUUCCACUGGCCUUCUCGGACAAAUACGGCCUUGGAACGAGGCUUCAGCGCCAGAGGCCCGGAGCUCCCAUCAGUGCCCUCGCUGGACUCUCCCUGAAAGAAGGAGAAGACCAGAAGGAGAUCAAGAUUGAGCCAGCUGAUGCAGUGGAAGAAGUGGAGCCUCUUCCUGAGGAUUACUACACAAGACCAAUCAAUCUGACAGAAGUGACGACUCUGCGCCAGCGCCUGCUGCAGCCUGACUUCCAGCCCAUCUGUGCUUCCCAGCUCUACCCACGUCACAAGCACCUCCUGAUCAAACGCUCGCUGCGCUGCCGGAAAUGUGAACAUAACCUGAGCAAACCAGAAUUCAAUCCAACGUCUAUCAAAUUCAAGAUCCAGCUGGUUGCUGUUAACUACAUCCCUGAAGUGAGAAUCAUGUCUAUUCCCAACCUGCGCUACAUGAAGGAGAGCCAAGUCCUUCUGACUCUGACUAAUCCCGUGGAGAAUGUCACACAUGUCACAUUGCUGGAGUGUGAGGAGGGAGACCCUGAUAACAUCAACAGCACUGCCAAGGUGGCAGUUCCUCCCAAGGAGCUUAUUCUGGCUGGCAAAGAUGCUGCAGCAGAAUAUGAUGAGCUAGCAGAGCCUCAAGACUUCCAGGAUGACCCUGACGUUAUUGCCUUUAGAAAAGCCAAUAAGGUGGGAGUUUUCAUCAAGGUCACCCCACAGAAAGAAGAGGGCGAAGUGACCGUGAGUUUCAAGAUGAAGCACGAGUUCAAAAACCUCACUGCUCCCAUCCGGCCCAACGAGGAUGGUGACCACACCUCCGAGGUGAUCUGGCUCACCCAUCACGUGGAGCUCAGCCUCGGCCCCGUGCUCCCGUAGCGGCUCCCAGCGCUGGCUCCCGACGGCUGGAUGGACUGGCACCCUGAGAAAGCACCUGGUGAAAGGUUCUGCCAGAGCUCCUUUGUGAUGUGUGGGUGUGCCACGGGCCCGGCCAGCUGCCAGGAGGGGGCUGAGCCUGCUGUGGUUUGGGCUGGUUUGUUCUCUCUCCCCUUGUCGUAGUGCCCACUAACCACCACUCCACUUCCCCUCACUGCCACAGGCUAGAGUAACUUGCAGCACGUCUUAGAGCACAGAAAAAGAUCUCCCUCCAGGUUUGCACUGAAUUUGGCUUUAUCAACAGAUGAUUUGGGCUGAAUUUGGAUUUAUCAGCCGAAAAGAACCUGUACUGGCUUUUUUUCCAUGUCAGCCCACAAACCUGAUGUUACAUACCCGGUGAACAACUUCUCUUUCACAAAGGGCAAUGCCCUUCCCAAACAAACAUUUUAAGGAGUGUCCCUGCCUUCUGCAUUCUGGCAAGUUACUGCCAGCAGCAUGAUCUUUUCUUUUGGUUUUCUGCUCCCUCAUAGAAUACCUCAGCUGUGGGGGCUGGGCCAUAUUGCCCUACCCCUCUGGCCUAUGUAGCUUGCUUAGCCGAGGUGGCAGAGGUUUUUUCACAAAGGAGUUGAUCAGUUUGCCUUUAAACUUUAAACAUAGUGUACUGUAGUGUUCAUGGAUCUGACUGGCAACCAAGCCCACCGUCAGCCCGCUGCAUCUCAGCUGGAUGUGGCAGCAGGAUGUGCUGAAAGCUGGGAAUUCAGGUUCUGCUGCAGCUCUUGACUGAGGCAGGAAUGCUCUGGAGAGGCAGGGAUGCUCCAGAGAGGUUCCCUGGCAGACCUCAGCUCAGUAAAUGUUGUGUUGCUAGGGGUUGUAGCAAUGAGGGUAUGAAACGUGGAGAGUUAAGAUUAGUCCUGGUAAUUAUAAAGCUACAGUGGGGUUCAUAAUCUUUGUUUUUCCAGUUAGGGCGGGUAGGAGGGAGGUGUAAAGGUGGAAACUCAUUAUAUGUUAACUACACACAUUGUACCAGGAGGUCAUUUACCCAGGGUAUAAUUUGGCUGCAGUCCAAGCUAAAAUGGGUGAUUAAGAGCUGUGUAUCCAGGAGACAAGAUUACCAAGAAGUGCAUGGCUGGUGCAGGCAGGUGAGAUGGCUCUUCUGCAGAGCAUUUCCACUUCAGAAGCUGACCCUUUGUUAAACAUUUCUGAGGGGCUUUGACAUGCUGCUGUGCUGGGAAAGGCUUGAAUACCAGCCAGCCAUGGCCGUGUCAUGAUACUUGUGCCAUGGCUCUGCCAGCCUGCAUCUGCGAAUCCUCUGCAUGGAGGGGCAGGAUGAGCCCGCCCGCUCUCUGGGGGGGUGGUGCAGCACCCCAAAACAUCUCCCCUAGUGCAGGGAACCUGCUGUGGUGUGCUGGAGGGGCUCACAGCUCACAGCCCUGGUUCUGCAGCGGGUCUCAAAGCAGCGAGGCAUCACGUUUACAGCUCUGUGUAGGUGACACACAGAUGUACAGCAUGAGUUUGAGACUUGUAGUUAGUAGUUAAUGUGUAGUGCUAGUGCCUGCUGCAGCUUUCCCUGUCCAGAUAACAAAGCACUUCACCUCUGGCCACAGAUUCUCCUGUUCAGUAGCCAAAACAGCUGCUGCACUCGCCACCACAGAAAGACCUCCCAGCACCCAAGCGUAGAGCUGUGCCUGGGGCUGGGGUUUGCUGCAGGCAACGUGACCUGCGCCCUUCUCACGACAAACAAGAGGUGCAUUGGGCUGUGUCGCUCGGAUGAGCUCGGCGAGCUGUUCUCCCCUCUAUGCUGUAGGCCAUAGGAAAGGUAUUGGCGUGUCCCUGCCUCUGUCCCUGCUCCGCCACAGGCGCCUCUUGCCUUAUGCUUAACGUCGUGUAGUGACCUUCAAUAAACCACACGUGGCUCUCGGA